UGUCACAUUUGUUUGAUGAGACAGGGUGAUCGGUUUGCCAACAUGACGGAUGGCUAGUCAUUUUUUCUAAUUGAAUUCUAUGUAUUUGAUAUUGUCAUUCAGCCCAAAGUUACGAAGUAACUAUUUCUUAUAACCGUUAUCGUACUAAGAAAGUUGGGAGCAUAAAUAUAUGUGAUUAUGUCAGAGCUACAUCUUACUAAGGACGACUCAAAUGAAAAUACAGAAAAAAGGGAGAAAUCUUUUGUGGCACCUAUUUCAAGUUUUCAUGAAGAUAAAUUAUCACAUACAAGUUUAUUAGGAGUUAAUGUCAAAGUACAAGAAAGUAACAAAAAGACAAAAAUUCAAGGAUCCAUUAUAAUAUCUUCCACAAGACCAUUAAUAUUUAAGCAAAUAUAUCUGGAAAUAUAUGGAAUAGCAGAAUGUGAGUUCCCCCUCAACAGUGUAAAAUAUAGUUUCCCGAAAUUUUACAGAAAAGGUACUAAAAUGACGGGCAACCAACAAUUUUUUUUUAUUCGACGGAUUAUUGAGCGGUUGGAUUAUAGUGAACCGAGAAACACUGUUGUUUAUAAUUUUAACUUUGGAUGGCCCAAUCGUUUGCCAUACUCAUGGGUUGGAGAUUACGGAAACAUUAAAUACCUGGGAAAGACAAUACUCGUCGGUGAUAAAAUGCAGCACGUUCACGUUCAAGAGAUACCCAUGUUUGCGAACCGGAGAUUAUCGAUGGAAACAAAUCUGGACCUGGAGAGCCGUAUAGAUAUUGAAAGAAAAUUUACGUUUGGCAAAAAUGGAUUUAUCCGAGUUAGCUUUUGGAUGCCAGUGAGUGGAGUUGCCAUUGGUCAAGGAUUACCAGUGGUAUGCAGUAUUGACAAUCAAUCCAAAUUGCAUUUUAGUGGACUUGUAUUUGUAUUGACUAGAAUUGAUGAGUACAGAAGUGAUACUCCACUUCAAGUAACUAAGGAAGUACGUACAGAUGUGUGCAGAGUAGCAAGAUUAGUGCAUGUAUUACAGGGAAAAUAUUAUUUUUAUGCAGUGUUUAAAAUCGAUGAAAAUAUUGUGCCAACCAAUCAAUUUUACAAGUUGGAUGUUAUUCAUAUAAAGUAUGAAGUUUGGGUAUCUGUUCAAGGUAACUUCGAAAGUAAUGGUGGUUUUGGAUACCCUAACAUUGACACGCCGGGGAUUCCUAUAAUUAUAGGCACUGAACCAAUAGUUCCAUACAACAUAAAUAUAGUAACUGAAGCAGUUUUAAAACAUAUAUUCUACACUCCAAAGUUAAGAGAUUGGCCAAUGCAAGUUAUAUCAGAAGCAUUCACCGAAACUGAAGUUGAGGUAGACGAACAAACGGAGAUGAAUUUAAUGAGACAAUUUGAGGAACAUCAAAAAGCUAUCACAGAAAUGAUUGAUGAUUCCAGUGAGGAGGAUGAAGAAGACAAAUCUUAAUAA